UGGAUCAGAGCGCGUGGAGUACGGGUAUCAUGAUGCCUCUCUCUGUCUCUCCGUUCUCUCUCCUAAUCUCUCUCUGCAACCAAAACCUCCAUUAAUCUGAGCUUUGGAGUGAAAUCAGCCCCACGACCAUGGAUUUCCAUCUCCAGUUUUCCCAUUGAUCUUCCAUUCGCUCUCUCUUUUGACCGUCCAUGUCCUACCUGUUCAAUCUCCUUUCAUUUCUGCGAGGCCUCCGGCUGUAGUUGCCCCUGACUUCAGAUCAUCGGAGACGACGAUUUUUUAUGUUCUUUAUUUUAUUUUAAGAAAUAUAUAUUAUUUUCUCGGAGUUAUGGUCUGAUAAUAGUGCUAGGGCUUUGUUUGAUGGUUGAUUUGGUAUCAUUUUGAUGGAGCCUCGCGUCGGUAAUAAGUUUCGGCUUGGCCGGAAGAUCGGUAGUGGUUCGUUUGGGGAGAUCUAUCUUGGUACUAACAUCCAGACAAAUGAAGAAGUCGCCAUUAAGCUUGAAAAUGUCAAGACAAAGCAUCCUCAACUGCUCUACGAAUCGAAGUUGUAUAAAAUACUGCAAGGAGGAACUGGAAUCCCAAAUGUGAGAUGGUUUGGUGUUGAAGGGGACUAUAAUGUCCUUGUGAUGGAUUUGCUGGGACCCAGUCUUGAAGAUUUAUUCAACUUUUGCAGUAGGAAACUCUCUCUGAAGUCAGUUCUCAUGCUUGCUGAUCAGAUGAUCAAUAGAGUUGAAUUUGUGCAUUCCAAAUCAUUUUUACAUCGAGAUAUCAAGCCAGACAAUUUCCUUAUGGGUUUAGGAAGGCGUGCAAAUCAGGUCUACAUCAUUGAUUUUGGUCUCGCUAAGAAGUAUAGAGACACCUCAACCCAUCAACAUAUUCCUUAUAGAGAAAAUAAGAAUUUGACAGGAACUGCUCGAUAUGCUAGCAUGAAUACUCACCUUGGCAUUGAACAAAGUCGUCGGGAUGAUUUAGAAUCACUUGGAUAUGUUCUUAUGUACUUUUUAAAAGGAAGUCUUCCUUGGCAGGGACUGAAAGCAGGAACAAAGAAACAGAAGUAUGAGAAGAUCAGUGAGAAGAAAGUGUCAACUCCUAUUGAGGCUUUGUGUCGGGGUUAUCCAACAGAAUUUGCAUCAUACUUCCAUUAUUGUCGUUCCCUCCGUUUUGAUGAUAAACCAGAUUAUGCAUAUCUAAAAAGGAUAUUUCGCGACCUUUUUAUUCGUGAAGGUUUUCAAUUUGAUUAUGUGUUUGAUUGGACUAUUUUGAAAUAUCAGCAAUCCCAAAUUGGCACUCCUUCCCGUAAUCUUGGCCCUGGUGUGGGACCAAGCUCUGGGAUGCCUAUUGCUAAUAUUGAUAGACAACCAGGUGGUGAAGAAGGAAGACCUAUUGGCUGGUCACCCGCAGAUCCUAGUCGUAGGAGGAACUCUGGACCACUUCUAACUGCUGGAAGUUUAUCAAAACAAAAGAGCCCAGUUGCUACUGAUCCACAUGUGACUAAAGAUUCAAUGUUACCUAGCUCUAAUUUUUUGCGGUCAAGUGGUUCAUCAAGGCGAGCUGCUGUCUCCAGCAGUCGUGAUGUUGUGAUUAUUGGGAGUGAAUCUGAUCCUUCUCGGCCCCGCACAGCAGAUGCAAGCCCAGGAGUGCUGCGCAAGAUUUCGAGUGGGCAAAGAAGUUCACCCAUAGGAUCGUCAGACCACAAACGUGCUUCUGGUAGAAACACCUCAAACAUUAAGAACUUUGAAUCAGCUCUCAAGGGGAUUGAGGGCUUGCAUUUCAAUAACGACGAGAGGGUGCAUUAUUAGCGCAGCUGCUCAAUCCCUCUGCCAAUGUAAAUCUUUGAACUGUUAUACUUUUAUUAUCCACUCAGAGUGGACUUUGUUGUCUCCUGUAUUGUGUUUUUUGAGGGAAAGGAAGGCUGCAAGCUGAAAUCUAGUGUGUGAGACACAAGGUUGGAGAAUUUUUUGCUCCAGUCCUGCGUGAAAGACGAGAUAAUGGAACAGCCAGUUAGCGCAACCCCAUCUGAAACAUCGGCAAGGCUUUGUCGAUACAGUUUAAGUUGUGUUGGCAUGGUCGAGUUCUGUUUGCAUUUCUUUUUUCUUUUUAUUCUUUUUAGCUCUUCUCUGCCAUUACAUCUUCAGCAGUCACGGUGUCACCGACAUCAGAAGCUAUGUUGUGAGUUAAACCAUUUUUUAAAAAAUUCUGUUAAAAAGUGUAAGUUGGUCUGUAUUGAGUUUUCUUUUGGUUCGUUUGGUUUCCAAGGUACCUUCUUCAAAUCUGAAUAUUUAGCAAAAUCUGGUCAGACUCUGAUGAUCUUAGAAAUUGCUUGUACUGAGUGGUACAGAUUCUGAAACAUUCUGUAAUGAACAGGAGGGACUUGUGGUA